UUUAUCACAAAAAUUCAUAGAAAAUACUUCUACGGAGCGUCUUAAAAGUGUUUAGCAAAAUGUUGCCCCACCUGGGCACCGAAGAAACCGUGCCGUCCGCAACGCGAAAAGUGUAUAUUAAUCCCAAUUUUCAGAUGGCUUUGCAGGGCCGAAUUGCUCAUCCGUUUCAGCCCCAGCUGCAGCAACAGUCGCUGCCACCGCUUCCGCCUGCGAUCCACAUAAACCCGCAAUUCCUGCAGCGUCAACAGGCCAUGUACGAGGAGUAUCGCCGUCAGGAGUGGAUGCAGGAGAUGCAGCAACAGGUCUCCGUUCCGUACUACCGAGAACGAGUGUUCACCGAGGUAACGCCACAUAUUCCAGACAGCACGCCGCAGGCAAAGAUUAUAAGCAAGGCCAGCACUUGCCUGGUGCGGAAGGCGCCCAUUAAGUCUGCCCCUCUGCGUGUUCCAUCUCCCGUUGUUGCUGUUGUGCCCCAGCCGCCUUUGGUCAGCAUAUCCAAACGGAAAAUCGUGCGUCAGCCAGCUGUGAAGCCAACGCCUACAGUCACGGCUCCACCUCCUGCCAAGCGCACAAAAUACAAGCUAGUGCGCGCCAUUUCCCUAACGUUUACUCCUCUGGUCAAGAAGCGACGCACCCUGGGGGAAUUCGUGGGCCAAUACGCCCUGCAGCGUACCAACGAGGCGGAGACGGACAAAAAUUUAAGCUCAAGGCCGCAAGUGGUUAAGGACAGCGUUAACAAGUCCCUGAGCAUGGUCAGCAUACAUGGCGUGAUGUACAGGAAGAUAUCAAAGAACAAGCUUACCAAACUGGAUGCCCCAACAGGAGCUGUGGCCAAAUCCACGACACCGAUGUCCCUCAACCGUUCAUUGUCCGGCCGCACUCUGCUUGUGAGCGGUAACAAGUUUAUCAUCGAUCCUUCGGGCUGCCGUCUAACAAGAGUACCAACUGCAACCGUGACAGCAUCGUCACCAGCUAGUAGUGAUAAUAGUGCGUCACAGCUUAACGGAAACCGAACCACCCUCCGUCGCAUCGAUAUCGGUGGCUUAACAUAUGUCGCCUCGUCCAAGACCAAGAAUGUUUUCAUACGCACCACGAAUCAUGUCUCGCGUGCCCACUUGAUUACCGCCAGGCAACGCAGCCUGACGCUGCUCAAUAAGUCGUUGGUGAAGACAAAUGUGCCAUGUGCCAUUUACCAGAAGCUCGGUAAAUGUGUGGCGCACAGUCGCGGAAAGUGCCGAAAAUUGCACGACAAGCGACAGGUCACAAUCUGUCCCAGCUUUCUGCGAGGCGAAUGUACCAAGUCCGACUGCUUGCUGUCGCACAAUGUUACGCUGGAGAAAAUGCCCGUCUGCCGCUACUAUCUGCGUGGCGUUUGUGUGCGCGAAGACUGCCCCUAUCUGCAUAAGAAGCUCAGCCGCAAUACCGAGAUCUGUAUUGACUUUGUGCGUGGCUAUUGCUCGCUUGCUGCCGAGUGCAACAAGCGUCACGAGUUUGCCUGUCCCGAGUUGGAGCGCAAGGGUACUUGCGAGUUGGCCAAGUGUCGCUUCUGCAAGCAAACCUCAAAGCGGCUGAUAAAACCCAAGCCGAAAACGAAGAAGGAGUCUGUCGGCAUCCAGAAAACUCCUCAGACUGCUAACCCUGGAACGGAACAACCCGGUAGUUCUCGCUACUUUAAGUCCGAAGGCGAGCAGGCUACCCAGGACGAGUCUGCGUCGGCCGUUGACCAGCGAAAUGACGAUAGCGAAGAAGAACUGCCCGCGGAAGAGGAGAAGGCGUCAGCGGAGGUUGGCCCAAUUAGCUUCCGCCAACGACCAAAGUUAGGGACACUGCCUGCGUUCAUACCGCUGGGCGAAGAGGAGUGAUAAGUGAAUGUGUGUGACAAUUCUUGGACCCAACGUUUCAGGUACAAAUCAAUUUGGUUAAGUAUGGUUCUACAGAUUAUUAUAAGUCCUAAUUUUUCUAGUUUAUUCAAUUUUACUACUACGAAAUAAAGAAAUAUAUGAAGCAAAUGAUUAAAAUAA